AUGGCCACUACAGGAAACCUGACAACCCAGUUGUUCAUACUCCGAGGCCUUGUUACGAGGGAACAAUACAUCCUAAUCUUGGAAUACGCUGCUGAGAUGGGCACAGUUCUCUCCCUUUUAGGCGUUAUAUCAAACAUUAUUAUCAUAAGGACAUUCGUGACUAUGGGCAUUAAUGAUGGUGUCAUAGUUUCUUUCCUGUCACUGGCGGUCUUUGAUUUGUUUUAUCUCAUCGCAGGCGUGUCCCUAGGGAUAACAAUUUUUAUUUUACCAAUACAGCCAUUCGGGUUGUCUAUAUACUUUACCAACAUUAUGAUUCUGGUAAACGUGACCAACGUCCUGGCCACUACGUAUUUAGCAGUUGCCCGAAGUAUGUGCGUGGCAAGACCUCUACAAUUCAAGAAUACGUUCACACGAGAGAGAGCAACUAUGUUCAUGAUUAUAUUCGCUUUUUCAUCAAUAGCGAUUUACUCACCGAUUUUAGCGAACAUGGGGAUGUCCGUUAAGUUUGACAAGCAGGCCAACAGGUCUCGAUCAGUCUGGUGGGGAUCUCCCUCACGAGAAGCUGUCAAGGAAGUCGUGUGGUUGUUGAUAGAAGUGAUUCUACCAUUGAUCACGCAAGUAAUUAUCAUCAUCUGUGUAUUCAUUAUGACUGCCAGUCUUCGAGCAAGUUCCCGAUUUAGACAGGCUUCGCUUGCGGUGUCUGGAAAAGUGACUCAAGAAGCCACUAAAACUGAAAACAAUUUAGGUAAGGAAGCAGUUAAUAAUCUUAACACGCAUACCAUUCCUCUCAAACGAAUCAACAAAGAGGUACGAGUGGUCCAACAAGUAGUUCUUAUAUCUGUUGUAUAUAUCGUUUGCAAUAUACCAAAACUAUUAAUCAGCUUGGGUUCAAUGUGUGAGCCAAAUUUCACUAUUGGUAGACGUUAUACAUAUUUAUACAUGUCCCUUAAUGGUAUUCGAACCCACUUCGAGCAGCUUAAUUCUGCCGUGAAUGUGCUAAUUUACUAUAAGUAUAAUACUAAAUUUCGUGCUACUCUCUUCGCGUUUGGACGCAAAUCCCAAUUAAACCAUAAUUAA